AUGUUAUCACAUCAACAUCACUCACCUUGGAACGGUAUAAUAGAUGUUUUAUACGAGCAGCGGGAUUCAUGCGCGCGACGCUUCCCAUUUCGCUUGACCCCGCUAAUCAAGCUAGUCUUGUCCAAUAUCGCAGUUCGCUACUGGCCAUUAGAGCUUAAUUUGGGUUUGAACCCAUUUGUUGUUCAAUGGUGGCCCCUCGCACUCGCAGAUUCGGCAUUGUUUCACGUCUCGUUACAGACGGCGUCCCUUGAUGAGGAAUUGCGGGCCCAGAAGGGAUUUCCUAUUUCAGAACUUUUGAUGAUCGAUUCGGUGUCUCUUUUACGACGAAAGCUCGAGGACCCAUCCUUGGCAUUUCAGGAUGAGACCUUAGAUUCGGUUGUCACCUUAGCUGCGAUUGAGCACGGCAAGAGAAAUUUUGAAAAUAGCACAGCACACAUCAAUGCUGUCAAGCAGAUGGUCAACGUUAGAGGCGGAAUUGGCGAACUCAAACGUACAAGUCCGCUUACAGCAAGAAUGAUUUCCUGGGUAGCUAUGCUGGUUACAGUGACCCCUCAAUUUGAAGCUCAAGAUGAUUCCGGACAUGGGACUGGAAUUGCCCCAAUACCACAAUGGCAAUUAGCAUUGGCUGGCCCUGAUCACCAGCAACUAAUUUUCGAUAAUAUUGAAGUCGACCAUACAAUAAACAACAUCUUACUCCGCCUCCGCAACAUAUUUCACCACGAACGAAUUUCGAGUUUGACUAGCACUGAUCUACAUGACCUUAUAUGCUUUGUAUUGCAUAAACUGCUACUGCUGCCCCCAUUAUCCCCUGAGAAUCCGGAGCAAUCAGCCGUUUUUGAAUGCUUUCGUUACGCGAUAGCACUCUAUUUACUGACCAUACAUGGAACUACAUAUUACUCCCAUGACGAUUUAGCAAAUAACAUGAUACUCCAGCUCAAGAGUCAUCUUGAAACCCUGCUACUAACAAACUACAUACACAGUUCAGCAGGAAUCUGGCUUCUUUCUGUUGGGUUGGCAGCUACUGCUGGAACCCCAUACCGCAAAUGGUUCAUAUCUCAGGCUUGCACAGCUGCCACGGUUCUCGGUUUGAAUACAUGGGAAGAAGUCCUCGUCCGUCUACAGACGAUAUUUUGGAUACCGCAGCAGGAUGAACCCGUUCAACAAAAGUGGGAGGUGAUCUUCAAUCUCUUGUCGGAUUAA